GAAUUAUUUUCUCCUGCAUAAGGAUGAUAAAAGAAAUUUGGCAGGAUACAACUAAUUAAAAAAAGGCUGUUUCACCAAGGAUUAUUUUUUUGCCUCUGAAUCAGCUCAGGUCAGAACUUUAAACUAAGCUUGUGGUUAUCAAACUAUCUAAAAUGGUAUUUUUUUAACACAAUCAAAACAGUGACACUCUAAUCUUUGUGAUUUUUACAAAACUUUAGAAUGAAGACCACAUAACUCAAACUGUAUUUAAAAAAAAAGAAGAAACACGCACGCACGCACACACACACACACACACACACACACACACACACACACACACACACACACACACACACACAAACACUUACUACAGAAAAAUGCAGUCCAGAAGCCAAAAAAAUGAUGAGUGUAAUAAUAUAAUAAUAAUAAUGAGCACAAUGCUGAAGUUGGCUUCUUAUUCAGCAGUGUGCUCAUUUAUGAUUUUAUGAUUUGUGGACAUAAAGAUGGUAAAAUGACUAUCUGUAUUCAAAAAUGCAGGAUGUUAUAAAAACAGCUAAAACACCAAUUGAUUUCUGGAAACAUUUGAAAUUAGAAACACUUGUAGGAUUCCUUUUGAUCUCAUGUGUCUGUCUCCAAUUUUAUAUGUAGAUUUCGAAGUAUUUAGAAGAAAUAUCUAUCCAUGUUGACAAUUUAGACAUAAGGGAUCUGUUUGUAUCCUGAAUAUACAGAUAAAUAACAAUUUAUGUUAUUGUUUUGCAAUAACAUAAAUUAGUAUUUAUUUAGGAUAUCAGCAAAUAGAAGGAUCAGUAAUUGCCUGCAAACUGCUAGCCUGGUUUAAGCACAGUUAUGUUGAGCCUUUUUUUCUUUUAUUUUUUACUUAACUGUAAUACAUACUGUAAAAAGCCGGCGUUCAGUUUGAACUCACUAUAAAAUCUAUGUUCCUGUGGAACAUAGUUCCAUAGGAACAUCUUUAAGCAAACUUUGGUGUCUGGAACUCGAGCAUCCCCAAAUCCUAAACAUCAUCAAGACACAGUUUACAAAACCAAAGAAUUGUUAUUGAGAUAUUCUAAAGGACAAAUAGUGGACAAUGUAGUAUCACGUUGAUAUAUUUUUUUAGUAUAGUUUGUCAGCCUGUUUUUCAUCUCAUGUAUUAAAUUUUUUCCAACUUUGGCUAGUUUCCGCUUUUUUCACUAUACUUGUGUUUGCUCAAAAUGCAACCGCCUGUCGACAGUCGAGGAGGUGCAGUCCAUUUCUGUCCCUGGACAGUGGGUGGGGAAAUAUAAGUUUGCAGCGUCCUUUAGUGGAGGAUCAAGGAGGGGGAAUUAAAUGGACAGUGGCAUACCUGGGGAGGUAACUGAGGAUGAGCUGUUCAAUAGACUUCAACAAAUCAAAGAUGGUCCAGAGCAGCCACAGAAUAACAACCCAAGCACAGAAAAUACUGAGGAUCCCGUCGAAACUCCAGAGAGCUCUGAGGAUUCCCAAGGUGGGGAUAGCUUGCUUGACUGGCUCAACACAGUGAGACGAACCGGCAACACAACUAGAACUGGACAUCGUGGAAACCAGUCGUGGCGAGCUGUGAGCCAGACCAACCCAAACAGUGGAGACUUUCGCUUUAGCUUGGAGAUCAGUGUGAACCGCAACCUGGCCGAACAGCAGGCCGCUGCUGAAGGAGAACAGGGGCCUUCAGAGGGGCCUUCAGAGGGGCCUUCAGAGGGGCCUUCAGAGGGGCCUUCAGAGCAGGCCCCAGCGGGUCAAGAGGAAGAAGAGGUUACAGAUCCUGAACCACAGGUUCCUAUGGAAACAGAGGUUGUGGAAGAACCAGUCGUUGAAGAGUUAGCUGUCAUUGUUGAGCCAGAACCUGAAGAAACACCUGAAGAAGAGGUUGCCUCACAAGAAGCUGUCGAGGAACCUCCCAGUCCACCCCCAGCUCCACCUCCAGCUCCAGUCGUAGAAGAAGUUUCACCGGAGCAACCCCCACCUUGUUCUUCUCCACGAAGGGGACAAAGGAGACCCCGCAGCCGUAGCCCAGAACCACGCAGGACCAGAGCCCGCUUAGCCAGAAGCCGUUCACCUCUCCGUUUGGAUCAACUAGAUGACCUACCUGGUCCGCGACACACCUACGGCUCUCAGAGCCCCAGUUCUUCCACUGACACACCUCCAGUGCCUCAAGUGGAGGGCAGUUCUCGGACUCGACAACAUAUUCUCUCCAGGCAAAGCCCAUUAGACGACAAUGUUCAACCACCCAGUGUUGAAGUAGAAUCAGUCCCAGAAGCCCAGAAUGUUAGACCUCAGGAAGGAGAACCCAACGGGAAUGAAGGAGGUUCGGCGGAACGCCGUCCCCCGACUAUAAUGCUCGACCUUCAGGUGCGUCGUGUGCGUCCAGGUGAAUAUCGGCAAAGAGACAGCAUCGCCAGCCGUACCCGGUCACGCUCGCAGAACUCCAACAACACUUUUCUCUAUGAGAGUGAGCGGGGGGGUUUUCGCAGGACCUUCUCGCGCUCCGAGCGUGCCGGAGUGAGGACCUACGUCAGCACCAUUCGAAUCCCCAUUCGCAGGAUCUCCGACGCAGGGUUAGGAGAGGCGACGUCGAUGGCUCUCCAGUCUAUGAUAAGGCAGAUCAUGACGGGCUUCGGCGAGCUAGGCUACCUCAUGGACUCCGACUCAGAUUCCUCAGAUUCAAACCGCGGUACCGGGACACCCGCCGAUACGGAAUCCCUCAAUAAUCCAGAUGCUAGUAACGCUGACGCGUCUGCUGCUGAUGAGCAACCAUCGGUUGCUGCUGCUGCUGGAGUUAGAGAGAGGACAGUUGAGACAGAUGCGGAUGAGGGUCUUACUACUGGCCCACAGGCUUCUGGUGGAAGGGCUCGACCUAGACCCCCCAUCAGCCUAGAGGAGCCCAGCUCGCUGCCCUUCUUACGACUUGCUCACUUCUUCCUCCUGAAUGACGACGACGAUGACCAGCCUCAGGGGCUGACCAAAGAACAGAUUGAUAACCUCUCCAUGCGCAACUUUGGUGAGAGCGACGCCUUGAAAACCUGUAGCGUCUGUAUAACGGAGUACGCCGAGGGGAACAAGUUACGCAAGCUUCCCUGCUCUCAUGAGUACCACGUGCACUGCAUAGACCGCUGGCUCUCUGAGAACUCCACCUGCCCCAUCUGUCGCAGGGCUGUCCUGGUAUCAGCCAACCGAGAGAGCGUGAUCUAACUCUUAACAGACUCCAACCUUUUCAAUAUUUCAAACUAAUUACACAUCCAAGUCAUGUAAGAUGCUUUGAAGAAAUGUCUCCACUAUUGAAAAUUUUUUUUUUUCUCAUAAUUUGUGAGAUUGAUCAUUAUGUUACAGGUUUCAUUUGAGGUGCUCAGUCUCUUGACAUGCAUUCAGACUCUAAGUUGACAUUUGCUAUUGUUGUCCAGAGCUGAGCAGAAGCAGUGCAUGCUGUUGAUCAACCUGUUGUGUCCAUGCAGUGAUGCACCAAGUUAUGUACACAAGCAGACCUAUAAUCUUAUAUUAAACCCUUUGAUUAUAAAUGCUGCUGCACACCUGCAGGUAGUUCAAGCACUUCAGAUAUCUUCUUUUGGUAUGAAUCUUAAUUAGCACCUCAAGCACAAUUCUUAGUUGCAGCAGUUUGAAAGUAUUAGCUGUAAAUAGGCUUGUAAAAAAAUAAUUUUGACUCUGUAUCAGUGAAUUGGUUUAGGACUGUAAAUUAGAGGAUCAGAGUCAUUUCGGUUACACUUAAAGCAGUUUCAGGAUGGGGAGAGAAUGAGCUUGCAUAGCAGACAUAUGUUCUCAUGAGUUGGUCUGCAGGUAACGGUGUAACGUGCUCCUUUUUGUUCACAUGACCAAAUCAAGACCCUACUCUGGAGUUCCAUUUGCCAAUACUCUGCUAGGCUAGGUUGUUUAAAAAAAAUGUUGCUCUGGCAUAGAGGAAAAUAUUUGGCAUCCUGCAGUGUUUUUUUUAAACAGAAGAAAUAUCAGAAAUGGGGAUCUGCCUGCAUUGGCUUCAGGUAAAUUUUGCCCCUUUUGACAAUUUGUACCCACAUUUUCUGCCUACAUGUUGCCAUUUUGUCCUUGAGCAUUUACAUUUCAUACCUGUAAACAAUUCAUUUCCCACACUUGUCCUUAACAUUGCAUAUCAUUUUUUUGGUAGAUCAAAUUAUGCAAAUUAUGGAAAUUUCAUAUUUUUCCAUAUUUUAUGAAAACUUUAUUAUACCCAGUUUACAAUGGUAUAGGUUAUCAGCCCAGUUUUAGCCAGUUAAACCUAAUGAAAUAUGAUGAAUUAUAAAACUUGAUCAGAGUAAAGCAACUCUUAAGCAACAACCUGCUGGUAGAUAUCAUUUAUUGGAGUCAUAAAACUACAUUUCCUUCCAGCAGAGGAAGUAGAUUAUGAAAAAUUACUUUUAAUUGGAAGUUGGGGACAGAAUAAAAAAAAUGUCCACAAGGCUGUUGAAACAUUUGGAUGCAAAUGGGUAAAAUGACCAGGAAAUGUCAUUAUGGUCAGGAAAUUUUAUUUUGUAGGUGAGUUCUUAUUUCAUAAUAGGCUUAAAAUUGAAGUUUAAAGUUGUCCCUCUUCCAGUAUUUAUUUCUCAUGUACAGUGAUUCAUUCCCCUUCUCUCACCAGCAGCUGCGGUCUGAUAACAAGCUCAUCAUAUUUCUCUCGUUCUGGGUUAGUCAUAUAACCAGAAACGGGCUUUAUAUGGAAAUAGCCUUUAACCUUAUCUCAAGCCAGAGUUUGUCUCUAAAAGGUAGGUCCAUCAUAUUCUACAAGUUGCUCAAUAUUUAUUAAACAACGGCUUAGACUUUCAAACAUUGUCAGAAAAUUCAAAUUUCAAUAGAAAAUCAAGAAGUUACCCAACUGCUUUAUGAGCAAAUCUUCCCAAGUGGUGUGCAAUAUUUGCAAAAUGUACAAGUAUAGUAAAACAAACCAUGAUUUAAAUGUGUACUAUUGUUAAAAACUGUUUAAAUCCUAAAUGAAGACUUAUAACCCUUUACAGUAUGUGUUGAAGUUGAUUUUAUUUAGAAGCUAUGUAGGUUUUAAUAAUUAAUAAACAGGAACAUUGACCAGUAAAGGAGCUGAAGGGCAUCACUUAUUGCCAUCCUGUUUCUUGUUUCACUGUUUGAUGUCUUAGCCACGAUUAUUACCUCCCCUCUGUGGGACACAAAUAUUUGAAUGCAAGAUGUUGAAUAGCAUUAACAUGUAAAAAAAAGAAAAAGAAAAAAAAAAGAACUGUCUGUUUCCUUUAAAGGGGCCGAGCUUCGGUUUGGCCUUGUUCUGUGACCUACCCAGUGCAGGAUGUUAACUGGGUGUUUUAAUGAAACUAACCGCUGAAUUAAACGAGUUGAUAUGCUAUAAAACAAUA